AUGGGAAAAACUUCUGAACAAUCAUUAAAAUGGUUGCAGAAAUGUUAUCCCACAUCUACUCCUUCGAGAACAACAGUUUAUCGGUGGUUUAGUGAAUUUAAAAUGGGUCAUAUAAGCAUCGAAGACGCACCUCACUCUGGAAGGCCAAAAGAGGCUACGAAUGCGGAAAUCGCAAAGCAAGUGCAUCGAAUCGUUUUGAGUGAUCGUAAAGUGAAGUUGCGCGAGUUAACUGAGGCCGUGGGCAUCUCAAAAGAACGGGCGGGAUACAUUUUGCAUGAUGUUUUGGAGAUGAAAAAGCUAUCGGCACGAUGA